AUGAUUUGGUUACAUGUGCCGUUUUUGAACCGGUUUGAUUCACCUCAAGAACUGGUCAGAAUUCAGCAUCCUUCAGAAACUGAGAAGUCAGAGAAUUUGAUACCGGAAAAAGGAGAUUGUUACGGGUUAUAUCCUCAAAACAUUGCCGAGGAUUGGAACGAAUACCUUUUGCGUUCGAUCUCAGAUUUGUUCAACAAGGAAAAGGACUUCACAAUAAACCGUAUGUCUGCCAAUGACGCGAUUAGAACGCAUGUCGGGCCAUCGUCUCCUUUUGAAGUGCUCUGGAAAGAAGUGGCUGACAGAACUACUGCGGAUGGUUUCUUUGACGAACACGUCCGAAUUGAGGAUGUUGUGGCUGCCGUCUCUUCAGCCAAGAUCGUCUUAAGUUCGGUGCCAAAGCGCGGAUCACAGCUGAAGAUAGAACUUUUACUGGAAGGUGGCCAGCGUGCACUUUGGAAACCGAAAAUCGUCGAAAUAACGGAACAAAUCUUCGGCAAACCAUACGAUGGACCCGACAGACACAAUAGCGAAAUCGUCGCCUUUCACUUGAGUCGAAUCUUAAAUAUUCGUCGCACACCCGUUGUUGUUGGUCGUAAAGUUCACUUGAAAAACGAACUUUUCGUUACCUCAGAGGAAAAUCUCAAAAGAACGUUUUUGUAUUCGUCCAAUGGCAGCUUUUGUUUUUAUGGUCAUUGUUUGUACUGUGACAUUCGCAAUCCCGUUUGCGCUGACCAUGAUGGAUACCUGGAAGGCAGUGUCGUACUGUUUCUGCCCGAAAAACUUCUUCCAUUCUCGCGUAUGCGAAGUCCGUGGUGUAGAGACUACAUAACUCAUUCGAGUCCUUCAUCCGUGACCAAUUGCUCAUUAUGCCGAGGACUGAAAAACCACAGUUUCUUCGGAUCAGAAGCCGUGUUCUUGGACCUGAUAGACAUGGCGGUGUUCGACUAUCUUAUGGGUAACGCCGAUCGCCAUUUACUAGAAUUUACUGCCUCAAAGGUAUAUCAAUUUCAGAGGUUGGCACUGCUGGACAAUGGAAAGGGGCUAAGAAACAGCAACGUUGAUGAGCUGAGCAUUUUGGCCCCUCUGUAUCAGUGCUGCCGUAUCCGGAACAGCACGUAUUUAUCUCUGCUGCGUUUCGCACAGCAAGAUAUCGCUACGGCAUUGGAUACUCAGCUUCGGGUGGACCAUUUGUAUCCGGUUUUAACCGAAGCUGGACUAGCAGCAAUAUACCGGAGGCACAGACAUGUUUUAGCGUUACUGAGACUUUGCGUUGAAAAAUAUGGACUCAGAAAUGUAGUCCGAAGUUGA